CCUCACAAAAGAAAGGAUUCGAAAAAGUAAGGUCCUCGGCGAUGGCGACGAUUCCAGAAAGCAUAUUCCAAUCAAUUCAACAAUAGCGGAUGAUAAUGUGGGUGGCGGCAAGAUAUUGCGAAUAGUCCCACGCGAUGCCUGGUUGGCACAACCUCCAUCAGCUGCUCUUGUACCUCUGGCAACGCCUGUCAGUAAGGUCAUUGUACUUUCCACACUCACUGAAGACUGUGAAACACAAGCAAGCUAUGUGCGUCUAUCGUGUACGCAUGACACAAACGCUAAACAUCGAAUCUCAAAAUCAUGAUGAUAUUAUUUACAACUUUCUAAUUGGCGGCGAUGGUAGUGUAUAUGAGGGGCGUGGUUGGAAUGUAACCGGUGCACAUCUGCGCGGCUUCAAUUCGGACAGUAUUAGUUUUGCCUAUAUUGGUACUUUCAAAAAACAAAAACCAUCGGAAAAGCAAAUGGAUGCCACAAAAUUGCUCCUGAAUGAAGGUGUACGCUUGGGCGAACUCUCCCCAGAUUAUAAGAUAUAUGGAGCAUAUAUGUUGGACCCGACUUCGACAGAUGCGAAAGCAGAUGAGUUGUACAACAGCUUCAAGGGUUGGCCACAUUGGUCUGAUAAUAAAUAUGUAGAAAAAGCUCGUUAAAAUUUUGCAUUAGUUUGGAAAAUAUAAAAUAUGUAUCAAAUUUUUGUAAGAAAAUAAAUAUUUUUUUGUUUUUAAGUUAGGACCACGACAUAUUUACUUAGUUAGAUAUCACUCUGAAGUGGAAUUAGUUUUAUAGUCUGUUUAAAUGGUUGCUAUAGAGUUGUCUAAAAUAAAAAGUGCAAUAUAAGAAAUGUAGUAAGAAACCGAUAUUAGCAGAUUUGUUGAAUUCUAUCUAUUUCGAAUAUAUUUUAAUAGCAUUCAUUUCAUUUCAUUUAGUGUCCAAAUUCAUUUUAACAU